AGAUUGAGGCCGCCGCCUCCCCCCGCGGCGCUCCCCCGAGGCGCGCGCCGUCCCGGCCCCGCCAGAGCGCGCGCCGCCCCCGCGGGAGCGCGGCCGGCGGAGAACAGAGAGGAGGGGGCGGAGGCCGGCCGGCUGCGGGCGGUGCUGCGGGGCGGGGGCCGGGGCGGGGAGAGGGGGUGGGGCGGGGGCCGCGGCUGGGGCCGGGACUCCAUUAGCGGCGGCGGGAGGCUUCGCUUCCCUCAGAGCAGCGACGCGGGCGCCGCCGGCCUCGUCUGUUGCCGCGGGUGCCGGGCGAGAGGAGCACGGAAGGAGCCAUGGCUCUGGACGGGAUAAGGAUGCCAGAUGGCUGCUACGCGGACGGAACGUGGGAACUGAGCGUCCAUGUCACGGACUUGAACCGUGAUGUCACCCUGAGAGUGACCGGAGAGGUGCACAUCGGAGGGGUGAUGCUGAAGUUGGUGGAGAAACUCGAUGUAAAAAAGGAUUGGUCUGACCAUGCUCUCUGGUGGGAAAAGAAGAGAACUUGGCUGCUUAAGACGCAUUGGACCUUGGAUAAGUAUGGCAUCCAGGCAGACGCCAAACUUGAGUUCACACCCCAGCACAAGCUGCUCCGGCUACAGCUUCCCAACAUGAAAUACGUGAAGGUGAAAGUGAAUUUCUCGGACCGAGUCUUCAAAGCUGUGUCGGACAUCUGCAAGACUUUCAAUAUAAGACACCCUGAAGAACUUUCUCUCUUAAAAAAACCCAGAGAUCCCACAAAGAAGAAAAAGAAAAAGCUAGAUGACCAGUCUGAAGAUGAAGCGCUUGAGUUGGAAGGACCGCUUAUCACUCCUGGAUCAGGCAUCGAUGUUCUUUACAUUGGCCCUCUGAAAGGAGGCAUAUACUCCAGCCCUGGACUUUACAGCAAAACAAUGACGCCCACUUACGACGCUCAUGAUGGAAGCCCCUUGUCACCAACUUCUGCCUGGUUUGGUGACAGUGCUCUGUCAGAAGGCAAUCCCGGGAUACUUGCUGUUAGUCAGCCGGUAACAUCACCAGAAAUACUGGCAAAGAUGUUCAAGCCUCAAGCUCUUCUUGAUAAAGCAAAAACGAACCAAGGGUGGCUUGAUUCCUCGAGAUCACUAAUGGAGCAGGAUGUGAAGGAAAAUGAGGCCUUGCUACUCCGAUUCAAGUACUACAGCUUUUUUGAUUUGAAUCCAAAGUACGAUGCUAUCAGAAUCAAUCAACUUUAUGAGCAGGCCAAGUGGGCUCUUCUCCUGGAAGAGAUUGAAUGCACCGAGGAGGAGAUGAUGAUGUUUGCAGCCUUGCAGUAUCAUAUCAAUAAGCUGUCAAUCAUGACGUCAGAAAACCAUCUGAACAACAGUGACAAAGACGUGGAUGAAGUUGAUGCUGCCCUUUCUGAUCUGGAGAUCACUUUGGAAGGCGGGAAAACAUCAACAAUUCUGGGUGACAUUACUUCAAUUCCAGAACUUGCUGACUAUAUUAAAGUUUUCAAGCCUAAAAAGCUGACUUUAAAAGGGUACAAGCAGUACUGGUGCACGUUCAAAGACACUUCCAUCUCCUGCUAUAAGAGCCGAGAAGAGUCCAGCGGUACACCUGCUCAUCAGAUGAAUCUCAGAGGAUGUGAAGUUACCCCAGAUGUAAACAUUUCGGGCCAAAAAUUUAACAUAAAACUCCUAAUUCCAGUUGCAGAGGGCAUGAAUGAAAUUUGGCUUCGUUGUGAUAAUGAGAAACAGUACGCACACUGGAUGGCAGCCUGCAGAUUAGCUUCCAAAGGCAAGACCAUGGCGGACAGUUCCUAUAAUUUAGAGGUUCAGAACAUCCUCUCCUUCCUGAAGAUGCAGCAUCUUAACCCAGAUCCCCAGCUAAUUCCAGAGCAGAUCACAACUGACAUCAAUCCCGAGUGCCUGGUGUCCCCUCGCUACCUAAAAAAGUAUAAGAACAAACAGGAAAAAGGAUGCAAAAAGCAGAUGCCAGGCUAUAUAAGAGAUUUGAUAACAGCAAGAAUCUUGGAGGCCCAUCAGAAUGUAGCCCAGAUGAGUCUGAUUGAAGCCAAGAUGAGAUUCAUUCAAGCUUGGCAGUCUCUGCCUGAGUUCGGCAUCACACACUUCAUCGCAAGAUUUCAAGGUGGCAAGAGAGAAGAACUUAUUGGAAUUGCAUACAACAGAUUGAUUCGGAUGGAUGCUAGCACGGGAGAUGCCAUCAAAACAUGGCGGUUCAGCAACAUGAAGCAGUGGAAUGUCAACUGGGAGAUCAAAAUGGUCACCGUGGAGUUUGCAGAUGAGGUCCGGUUGUCCUUCAUCUGUACUGAAGUAGACUGCAAGGUGGUCCAUGAGUUCAUUGGUGGUUACAUAUUUCUCUCAACGCGGGCCAAAGACCAGAAUGAGAGCUUAGAUGAGGAGAUGUUCUACAAGCUCACCAGUGGUUGGGUGUGAACAGGAAACGGUGUAAAGAAACUGCAUAGCCAUAACAAUAUUUAACUUUAAAGCUAUUGUUUCUUAUAUGCUGCUUAAUAAAGUAAGCCUGAAAUUUA